AUAUAAAGCCCUCUGCUCUCCUUUACUAACACCUCACUUUCUGCCUGGAGACCCUCAACUGGUUCAUCAGUGGAAAUUCAUCCUUUCAAUUCCCACAUCGAUUUUUUUUCCUAGGAAAUACCUUUUGGUGCCAUUAUUAAAAAUGAAAAAAACAUUUCUGAUAUUUUUUUAAAUCCCUUCAACUUCAUCUGGAUUCCCCCCGGUGUUCAUCUUUAAGUGCUGUAUUUGCUGUUAAAGCAUGGCUUGGUUCAACGUCAACAUCAGUAACAUCACUUUGGAGAGCGCGCUCUCUGGGGAUGAGCCGAGAGAUGAGCGCUUGGCUCAGGUGGAAAUAGUUCUUCUGUCCAUCAUCUUUAUCACUGCGGGGAUCCUAAAUUUCGGUCUCUUGUUGGUGCUGUGGAAGCGGAGGAAGCAGCUCUCCAGGAUGCGCGUCUUCGUUUUCCACCUGUGCGUCGCAGACCUGGUGGUCACAUUUUUCCAAGUUUGUCCGCAACUCAUGUGGGACAUCACGGACAGAUUUAUCGGUCCAGAUAUAUUGUGUCGCACAGUGAAGUACCUACAGGUUGUCGGGAUGUUUGCCUCCACAUAUAUGAUAGUAGUGAUGACGAUAGACCGAUAUCAAGCCAUCUGCAACCCCAUGGUGACUUUCCAGAGGCGUAGGGCGCGCUGGAACGGUCCGGUGUGCGCCGCCUGGUGCGUCUCUCUCAUCGGCAGCCUCCCGCAGGUGUUCAUCUUCUCUCGGGUUGAGGUCGCUCCCGGUGUGUACGACUGCUGGGCACAGUUCAUCAAGCCCUGGGGACCGAGAGCCUACGUGACUUGGACUACUCUGGUGAUAUUCGUCUUGCCCAUACUCACGGUGAUCGUGUGCCAGGUGCGCAUCUGCCGCACCGUGCACAUCAACUUCCACAUGAAGACGCAUCACGUCGGAGAGGCGGUAAGCAAGCCGCUGUCCUCCAGAGCCAGCAGCGUGGCAGGCGUGUCCAAGGCGAGGGUGAAGACGGUGAAGAUGACCGUGGUCAUCGUGCUCACCUACAUUAUCUGCUGGACGCCUUUCUUCACCGUGCAGCUCUGGUCUGUCUGGGACGUUGAGGCGCCCACUCAGACUGCAACCUUCACCAUCCUGAUGCUACUGGCCAGUCUGAACAGCUGCAUGAACCCCUGCAUAUACCUGCUGUUCAGCGGGCAGGUGCCCAAGAGACUGGCGGCCCUAAUGUGCGUGGACCAACCCGAUUUGAAGGAGUCCAUGCAGGAGGAGGCCACCAUGGUCAGCUCCCUGUACAUCAGUCUCAAGAGCUUGUCAGACAGCAGAUAAAAAGCCUGCCAUUUCAGAUACUUUUCUCACCUCCAGCCUGUUGAACAUGUGAGGACAGACAUCACAGUAAUACUACAAGUCCCUGUAGUAACAAUUAUUGUAGUGAGAACUCAAUGUAGAAAUAGACAAUCAAUGCUUCAUGUAGAAACUCAGUAUUAAGUACCAGACACACCAUAAGUAAUUAUAGGAUAGGAUAUUCCACUGAAAUAUAAUGUGGUUACCAGGGAAGUCAGUAUUACAUAACACAAAUAGUUGCUGCUCAUGGAGGCCUAUCUGUUGGUCAGCCACUUUUGUCCAGACCAAAAUAUCUUGACAGCUACAAGAUGAACUGUGGUGAUAUUUACAUUGACAUUCGUGGUCCCCAGAGGAUGAAGUCUGAUGACGUUGGCGAUCCCCUGAUUUGUCAUUUAGUUCCACCAGCAGGACAAAGGUUUCACUUAUCCAGUGAAGUAUCCUCUCAUUGACAUGAUGGAUUGACUCAAAAUUUUGUUCAGCCAUUGCUGAAGAGUGGCUAACACUGAGGAUUACUGCUAAUGACUUCGGACCCCCAGAGGAUGAACUGUAAUAACUUUGAUGUCCGUCAACUUUACCUCUAGCAUCAUCAUCAGUUCAAAAUUUAUAUUUGUGCAAUACUUUAAUUUAUCAAAGCAAAUGACAUGAGCAUCAGCUUCAACUGUACUUUCUGUUUAGUGCUAAUUAGCAAAUGUUAGCAUGUUCACUUGCUAAACUAAGAUGGUGAACAUGAUAAAAAUGGUUUCUGCUAAAUUUGAGCAUUUUGCGUAUUAUGAGAAUGUUAGCUACCUGACAUCAGCCUUUUGCAUUAACCACCAGUACGCUUAAGUUAAGUUUUAGAGAGUAGCCAGCUCCAUUCUUAAAGUGUAUUCACAUUAUUGUGGAAAAACAGCUUUUGUGAACGCCUCCUCAUUAUUAUCUAUAUUAUGUGUUGGAACAGCUCUGUGCCACCGUCCUCGCCGAAAGUUCAGAUUUGCUGAACCUUGACCGAGCUGCAGUGACCUAUGUGGGCACAGGCAGUUGCAGCUUACCACUAGACUGAAAGAUGGAUGAAAACUAAUUAGCCUACUAGUGUUUUUUUCAUUUCCAGAGCUGCAAAGAAACAACUUGGCCUCACAUCAAGACCAGAUAAAACAGAUAUUCACCGAGUGAAAUAUCAGCAUACCAGGUUUGUUACAAAAAUACUUAGAGGUUCUGAGACUGAGAUCCGCCACUAGCAACAUUAGCACUGUAGCUAAGUUGCUGACCAAUGUGCAAAGUGCAGUGCAAGUCCCUUGUUUUUCAGUUGCAUUAUGGAUACACGCUUAAUGGAGCAAAUGGAGCAAAUGUUAUUAGGAAUCCACAGCACAAUAUGGAUCAUGUAUUGGAAAGACUAACAAAAAUAAUUGCAUGUAAACUUUUUUGACAGAGCUGUUCUUAUGAGAUGAAUGAGUAAUCUCCAAUUUUCACAAAUUUUAUCUAAGUACUGUAUAAUGUGAAAGUGUCAAAUGUACAUGUGGUUUAUCCUGUAACUAUGUUGAAGUUCAUUAUGUCCUUUGAAUGUGAUUCCUCAGUCUACUUUACAUCUUAUCUGUAUAUAUAUGAUCUGUUAUGAGACAAGAGUUAGGUCUGUAUUUGUUACAUAUUAAGUAUCUUCAGAUACACAGUUCUCACUGAUAUGUUAUAACAUGUUUACAUUUUUCAAAGACUUCUCUUAAUUGCUAAGGAGUGAUGAUUUCUGAGGCAUUGCCAAAUAAACUGUUGUGACUUUU